GUAAUCUGUGCGAUACGUUCGAGAGAUUGAAACUCAUUUCGUUCAGUUUCGAAAUUCUGAAAUUCAGCCUGAGCUUCGAUGUACACAUUGUCUUCGAACACGGCCCUGAGGAGCAGAGAUUCUCGUGCACAGCAAAGUUAGGGAAAGUUAUGUAGCAUAGUUGGUAAAAAGGUGGGGACUCCAGAAGCAAUAUUUAAUCCAUGCAUAGGUAGAUCCAUUGGUCACUGGCAGUACUUAACCGAAAGCUACCAUUAACUGCUAAAAAGGAUGUCUCUUGAUCAGAAAUUCGAGCAAGCAACAGAAGCUGUAAAAGCUCUUACCAAACGUCCUACUGACGAAGAAUUUUUAGAAUUGUACGCGUUGUUUAAACAAGCAACAGUGGGAAAUAUAAAUACCACGAGACCUGGUAUGCUGGAUUUAAAGGGAAAAGCAAAAUGGGACGCAUGGAAAUCGAAGGAAGGUAUGUCGCAGAACGAUGCGAAAGAAGGGUACAUUAAAUUCGUGGACAAAUUGCUGGAGAAGUAUAAAUAAAGUGUUUAAUUAUUUUGUUAUCCAAAUACGACGCUGUAUUAUAUCGGUGUAUGACUUUAUAUGAUUUAUAUUUCGAAAUAAUAUUUUGAAAUAAAAUUGUUAUUUUGGGUUA